ACCGAAGAUACUUGUGGGUGGCGCAGAGUGAGGAGAGUCAGUCAGUAUCUGUGUGUGGUUGUGGGUGUGUGUGGAGGCUCCUCAUCAAUACUAACAUAAAGUUUCAGGUGUGUCCCAGACUACAAUCAUGGCAUUGCCAGUCGUGAACGUGGCCCCAGAGGUUCCUAUCAUGCCUUCUGUCCCGCUGGUUGGGGAUCCCAGAGAUCAACACAUUCUUAACAGGAAGCGCAGGAUGAACUUCUUCGACAUGGCUAACCUGCUCGACUCGGAUGGCAACUUACAGAAUGAGAUGCUGGUGUUCGCCUUUGCAGCCACCAUGUUGUCCACCAUCCCUGUCCUGCUGGGUAAUGAGUUUGAUGUCAAUGUUGGCCUGAGGAAGAGGAGGCAAGCAGAACCUUAUCAGGACCCAGACGACCCAGACAAUAACCCCUAUGACUCUUACACUUCCUCACCCAAUGAGUCCCACACUGAGCCAUUCUUCUCGGGCUACACCUAUAUGAAGAUCAUGACCUCUCCACCAGGCACUAGCUACUUCCACAUCCAUAAUAGUUCCACCACAGCUCCCGAUGUCACCACAGGAGAUGUGACACACUCGGGGCAGGAAAGUGUAGUUGUUGAUGCCUCCAUGGCUGACCUGCUGAGGGAGCUGCUCCAGUGGUCACAAGAGAAGGUGAAGGACAAGCUGCUCCUGCCUAUGUUGAUUAAUCUCGCCUUAGAUAAAUAUUCUGGAAAUCCAAACCCUGCAGACAAGUUGGUCAGGGCAACCUACAAGAAGUGGAAGAACUACUGGUACUGAGACCUACAGGCGGUGAAUUGUUCACCCAGUACUCGACCAGAAAAUAACUUGUUGAAGAACAAAUAUUUCUUGACCUUUCUAAUCAAAAGAGGUUGAACAUAUCUGCGAGGAUGAGACCUACUGGAGUGUAAAAGCCAGAAAUAUUAUACAGUAUAUGUAAAGGGGAUGGAAGAUGGGACAAUAUUUUACCUCCUUAUAAUCCUGGUGUGAACCUUUCUUAUUGGUGCUUUACUUAGAUAACAUUGAAAACUGUCGUCAUAACAUGAGCUAACAUGAGUGAUCUGUUUUACUGACUGAUGGGGCAUGUUUAUACCUGACUGCUGCUAAGAAUACAGUAACUCAAAGACAAAGGCGACCUAGCAUUGGUAAUCAACCGGGGUGCAGUGAGAAGCCUGUAGCGUGGACGGGCUAGGGGCACAGGAGAAAUUAUCUCUUGGACAGGAAAUCCGUGUACAGAGAUGACUGAUGCAGUUAUCCAAAUUGUGAUAUUAAAUGAGUUGGGAUUCCUUCUUACAAUUAUCAUCAUCAUCACUGAUCAUCAUUUUACAUUACAUUCUUUGUUGGCAACAAAGUGGAGCACUUACUGAACUUCUCAGGUAGAUUUUCGGGCAUUAAAUAAAUACUUACUUGUGCAA